GGCCGUGGGCCUGACCUCGCCUGGAGUCGCAGAGGCUGGCGCAGUGCCGGCGAGGAGGUGGUGGGGUCACACCUGUUGCGCAACUCCCCCACAGUCCAGCAGUGGGAGUCGGAUCCCGAAUUUCCAGCGAGUGUUGCAAGGAGCUUAGACAAGUUCCGGUCCGCUCUGAGGAGCACGUGGCCUGUCCGCCUUUUGAGUGCGGGGUUGGGGGUCGGGACUUCGGGGUCUCCCGAGGCCACUCAAUAGACUGGCGUUGGCGUGGGUCUGCUUCCAUCCAACUGGCAAUUUUGAAAAAUUGCCUUACCCCGUUUCAGUGCCAGGGCAGGGGCGCUUGGAGCCUCUUGGCCGCGUUCUGGACCCUAUCUUCUCUCCCCUUACACCUGGGCUUCCCGGCUGUGGAGAGCCUUGGGCGCGGCUUCAGUAUCCCUCGGGACUCAGGCAUGGCUUCGGGACCAGCUAGCCUGGACUUUGCCUCCUUUGCCUUGGCGUCCUAGAAAGGGAUGAGAGCUCCUGAAAGGGGAGGAGGGCAGUAGGGCAGAGCUAGUGGCUGCCUCAUCUUGUUUUCUCUGCCUUCAUCCCGUACCCUCAGGCUCAGCCAGCAUCGGUCAGGUCAUUCCAGGGGCCGCGGAAGGAGGGGAGGGAUAAAGGGCACGGAUGGAGGCCUCACUCCCUGAGGUUGCCUAGACAACAUCUGAAAUCGUGGCCAGGGCCUCUUCCGCCUGCGGGGCGCUGCUUCCUGCAUCAGUCACUCCCGCUGGGGGCGGGGCGGAGGAAGGGGUUGGAUGUGGCAGAGCCGGGCCCCAACCGGUGCCUCUCAGACUCCUCCGCUGUCGCCUUGGCCUCAGCCAUGGCAUCGUAUCCAUCUGGCCCUGCCAAAGCCAAAGCCAAAUACCCCUUUAAGAAGCGGGCCAGCCUGCAGGCCUCUUCUGCGGUUCCAGAGGCUCGGGGUGGUCUGGGGGCCCCUCCGCUGCAGCCUGCCCGAUCCCUGCCGGGCCCCGCCCCCUGCCUCAAGCACUUCCCGCUUGACCUGCGCACGUCUAUGGAUGGCAAGUGCAAGGAGAUCGCAGAGGAGCUGUUCAGCCGCUCACUGGCAGAGAGUGAGCUCCGCAGCGCCCCGUAUGAGUUCCCGGAGGAGAGCCCCAUCGAGCAGCUGGAGGAGCGGAGGCAGCGGCUGGAGCGGCAGAUCAGCCAGGAUGUCAAGCUGGAGCCGGACAUCCUGCUUCGAGCCAAGCAAGAUUUCCUGAAGACAGACAGUGACUCUGAUCUACAGCUCUACAAGGAGCAGGGUGAAGGGCAGGGUGACCGCGGCUCACGGGAACGUGAUGUGCUGGAACGAGAAUUUCAGCGGGUCACCAUCUCCGGAGAAGAGAAGUGUGGGGUGAGAAGGUCUGGCUGGGAGCUGUUUGAUCCGCUGAGACCAGAGUGGGCUGAGUGUUCUUGGAGUCGAAGCCUGCAAGGCGUAGGGAUGGUGCCAUUCACAGACCUGCUGGAUGCAGCCAAGAGUGUGGUGCGGGCACUGUUCAUCCGGGAGAAGUACACGGCCCUGUCACUGCAGGGCUUUUGCCCCACCACCCGCCGCUACCUGCAGCAGCUGGCUGAGAAGCCGCUGGAGACACGGACCUAUGAGCAGAGCCCUGACACUCCUGUGUCUGCUGAUGCCCCAGUGCAUCCCCCUGCCCUGGAGCAGCACCCAUACGAGCAUUGCGAGCCGAGCACCAUGCCUGGGGACCUGGGCUUGGGCCUGCGAAUGGUGCGCGGCGUGGUGCAUGUCUACACUCACAGGGAGCCUGAUGAGCAUUGCUCAGAGGUGGAGCUGCCGUACCCUGACCUACAGGAAUUUGUGGCUGACGUCAAUGUGCUGAUGGCCCUGAUUAUCAAUGGCCCCAUAAAGUCAUUCUGCUACCGCCGGCUGCAGUACUUGAGCUCAAAGUUCCAGAUGCAUGUGCUGCUCAAUGAGAUGAAGGAGCUGGCUGCCCAGAAGAAAGUGCCACAUCGAGACUUCUACAACAUCCGUAAGGUGGACACACACAUCCACGCCUCAUCCUGCAUGAACCAGAAGCAUCUGCUGCGCUUCAUCAAGCGGGCAAUGAAGCGCCACCUGGAGGAGAUCGUGCAUGUGGAGCAGGGCCGAGAGCAGACCCUGAGGGAGGUCUUUGAGAGCAUGAAUCUCACUGCCUAUGAUUUGAGUGUGGACACACUUGACGUGCACGCGGACAGGAAUACCUUCCACCGCUUUGACAAGUUCAAUGCCAAAUACAACCCUAUUGGGGAGUCCGUGCUCCGAGAGAUCUUCAUCAAGACGGACAACAGGGUUUCUGGGAAGUACUUUGCUCACAUCAUCAAGGAGGUGAUGGCGGACCUGGAGGAGAGCAAAUACCAGAAUGCAGAGUUGCGGCUCUCCAUCUACGGGCGCUCAAGGGAUGAGUGGGACAAACUGGCACGCUGGGCCGUGAUGCACCGAGUACACUCUCCCAACGUGCGCUGGCUCGUGCAGGUGCCCCGCCUCUUUGAUGUGUACCGCACCAAAGGCCAACUGGCCAACUUCCAGGAGAUGCUGGAGAACAUUUUCCUACCACUGUUUGAGGCUACCGUGCAUCCCGCCAGCCACCCGGAGCUGCACCUUUUUCUGGAGCAUGUGGAUGGUUUUGACAGCGUGGAUGAUGAGUCGAAGCCAGAGAACCAUGUCUUCAACCUGGAGAGCCCCCUCCCGGAGGCUUGGGUGGAGGAGGACAACCCACCCUACGCCUACUACCUGUACUACACCUUUGCCAACAUGGCCACAUUGAACCACCUGCGCAGGCAGAGGGGCUUCCACACGUUUGUGCUGAGGCCACACUGCGGGGAGGCUGGGCCCAUCCACCACCUGGUGUCAGCCUUCAUGCUGGCCGAGAACAUCUCCCACGGGCUGCUUCUGCGUAAGGCCCCAGUCCUGCAGUACCUGUAUUACCUGGCCCAGAUUGGCAUCGCCAUGUCUCCACUCAGCAACAAUAGCCUCUUCCUCAGCUACCACCGAAACCCACUACCUGAGUACCUGUCCCGUGGCCUCAUGGUCUCGUUGUCUACUGAUGAUCCUCUGCAGUUCCACUUCACCAAGGAACCGCUGAUGGAGGAGUACAGCAUUGCCACCCAAGUAUGGAAGCUCAGCUCCUGUGACAUGUGUGAACUGGCCCGCAACAGCGUGCUCAUGAGUGGCUUCUCCCACAAGGUAAAGAGCCACUGGCUGGGACCCAACUAUACUAAGGAGGGCCCUGAGGGCAACGACAUCCGCCGUACCAAUGUGCCAGACAUCCGCGUGGGCUACCGUCACGAGACCCUGUGCCAGGAGCUGGCACUCAUCACACAGGCCGUCCAGAGCGAGAUGCUAGAAACCAUUCCGGAGGAAGCAGGCAUAGCCACAAGCCCAGGGCCUCAGUGAGCCUGGCCCAUGCAGUGCCCACCCCAUCUCAGCAUCGUGACGACCAUGCCCACGUUUUGUUCUCAGACCCCGCCCUUCCUUUUGUGGUUCUGCAUGUCCCUGUUCUUUCGUUUCUGUCCUGCAUGUCUUUGACUGUGUCCUGUUCCUGGGCCACCUCAUGAAAGCAAUGACCAGGGAAUCUGCUCCAUCGUUAUCUUGAUUCAGAUGGCACCUGAUGAUGAAGAUGUAAGGGCUGGCCUUACUUAUGGCCCUGUCCCAGGAUCCUCAGAAGCCUGGCUGUUCUAUGGGUGUCUCCAGUGUUCAUAGUGGCUUGAGAGGUUAUGAGGGGCUGGCCCCUUUAGCCUCUUCGGUCUGCCUGGGCACAUUCGAGCUUUGACUGGAGGUGAAGUUUGAUCCCUGGUCUUGUUUAUGUAGCUGAGGGGCAGCCUUGUGCACCUCUGCUGUGGGCAUUGCGUUCUCGAGGCUCUCCAGAGCUCAGCAGCUCUGCACUGGAGUUUGCUCAUGGCCCUGGGCUGCCUAGCCUGAGGGGAUGGAUUCAGGCCUUUGAGGUGCUGGACCUCUGCCUCUGCCUAGUUACUGCCCAGCAGCCUUCUCUGUCCAUGUCCCGGUCCAUGUGCUUCUCUGGGUCAGGUCCCUGUGCCUCUGUGGGACAGGGCAGUGCUCUGUGCUGUGUCUGGGGUCACUGCAGCUGGAGGGUGCUGGAUCUGCCAGUAGCUCUGGGGAUGGCAUCCCCUUUGAGGUCCCCAGAUCUUUGACCAGACCCCGAUCCCAGCUGGCCCCCUGUGUUGUGUUCUGGACUGAGGCCUUUGCUAUGACAAGUAGCAUUUCAUAUGACCCAUUUUCCAAGUGCAUGAGAAAUAAAGAUUAUUUA